AUGAUGUUUUGGUCAACAAAAACUGGGAUUUCAAAUAAAUACUCUUUUUCCUCAUCUCCCACAUUUAUUGCAGAACCUUGGUCAGUCUUUACUGGCAGACCUAAAUCAUCAUCCUCAACUGGAAAUAACAAAGUGUCUAUAUUUGUCUUUGAUAAAAAACAGUUUGAAAAUUAUUUAUUGAAGUACGGUAUUAUCAAGUCAAAAUCUUCUUUGAAGGAUAAACAACUGAUACAAGAAGGAUAUGAAAUAUUGAGAAAUGAAGUCAAUAAUCUAGCCAAGUUAAAACAUCCAAAUAUUUUAACUUUAAUUGAACCUUUAGAGGAGCACAGCAAAAAGUUUAUGUUUGUUACUGAGUAUGUUACUGGAACAUUAGAGGACGCUUUCAAAGAAGAUGCUAGUGAUAAUCAAUUAUUUUCACAAAGUUUCAUUAAAAACGACAUAAUUAUACAAAGAGGAAUACAACAAAUAAUUACUGGUUUAGAUUUUAUUCAUAACCGCGCUAAUUUUGUUCAUUUGAAUCUUCAACCCAAAUCGAUAUUUAUUAAUGAAAAUUUAGAUUGGAAAAUAUCUGGAUUAGGUCAUAUUAUCAAAUUACCACAAGAAACAAAUUCAGCAGACCAUAUGUUUCCGCAGUAUGAUCCAAGAAUCCACCAAUUUUAUACUUUAAAUCUAGAUUACACUGCACCUGAAUUAGUUUAUGAAAAUACCUUAAGUUUUAAAAAUGAUUAUUUCUCAUUAGCAUUAUUGAUUAAUUUCUUAUACAAUGGUAACAAUUCUAUUAUUAGGGCAGGUAAUUCUUUAAGUGAUUAUAAAAGUGCUUAUAAUAGAUUUGAGAAAAAACUAAGUAGUCUUUCUUGGGACAAUAUUUUCAUUAAAGUUCCAGUAAAGUUAAGAGCCUGUAUGCCAAAGUUAAUGAAUAGAGACAUUUAUUCUAGAUAUGAGAAUAUAACAGAAUUUUUAGACAGCGAUUUCUUUCAAGAUCCAUUAAUAAAAACAUUAAAUUUUCUGGAUGAUUUACCAACAAAGACUAAUGAGGAGAGAGUUAUUUUUUUAGACGGUCUGAUCAAUUUACUACCUCAGUAUCCAACAACUUUAUUACAGCGUAAAUUCUUACCUAUUCUGUUAAAUCUAUUAGUCCAGCUAACUAAUGAGAAAAUUAUUGAUUCUCAUAGUAUAUCAAAGGAUUUAGAAAUUAUUAUUAAAAUUGGUUCUACUGUGUCACAAUUAACUUUUUUGGAAAAGAUAUUCCCAAUAGUUAGUGAUACAAACACUUUUUCUAUUUUGUUAGAACAUUCUUCAAUGACACUUAUUACAAACAUAUCAUUUUUAAAGGAAAAGAUCAGACUAGAAAGUUUUGCUGAAUACAUUUUGAGUCCACUAUUACAGUACAUUCUAGAUAAAUGUGAUAAGGACAAUGUCAUACAGCUUCAAGAGACAUUAUUAGGGCAAACCUCUUUAAUUUUAGAUUGUUAUGACUUCCCAACUGUUAAAAAUGAAAUAUUACCUCUCUUAUGUCAAUUGUUUACGAAGACAACAAGUUUAACCAUCAAAAUGAGUUGUAUGACAAGUUUUGAAAUAUUAAUCGAAAGAAAAGCCAUUGAUUCAUAUACCUGUUCAGAAAAGAUCUUACCUUUAUUCAAAACCAUGAAGACCAGAGAUCCAAGAAUUCUUUUGAAAUCAUUGGCUUUAUUUGUUAAAAUACCAACGUUAAUUACUGACGAAGUUGUCCUUGUAGAAAACUUCUUACCCUUACUCUGGAAUUAUUCAAUGGCUUCUACUUUAAAAAAGUAUCAAUAUACCGAAUUUGUGAAAGUGAUAAAUAAAUUAACAGCAGAUAUUCAAAAAUCUCAUAGUGAAAAAUUAAAUAAUGAUAAUUUUGAUUAUAAUGAUAACAAAGGUAUUAACAGUAAUAGUAAUAAUUUUAAUAAAAUCAUUGAAAGCAAAAACAAUUCUCCCAAACCUGCUGAUCUAGAUAAUGAAGCAAGCAAAAAUGUGAAUGUUGCAAUUAUCCAACCUACAAAAAAGAAGGUAGGCUCAAUUAUUACACCAAGAAAAGAUAAUACAAAAGAUAACAACACUUCUGAACCGUCUAUUCUUUCUCCGAAACAAAUACAUGAACUAAGAAUGAAAAGGGAUACUAAAGAUCAAGUAGCAAAAUCUUCUAUAAAUACACCCAUAUCCUCAACCAUUUCCACUAGUAAACCAACUUUGAUUGUUUCCAAUAGUUUAGAACCGUUAUCCAAAACUCUAUGUAACACACGUACUUUUAACCAAGAAUCUACAUCAAAUGAACAUAGAGUUACAACAUCUCUAGCCAAGGCUCCUUCAAUUAUAAAAGCAGCUGACACCUCGUGUUUUUCAGUUUCCAAUCCAACCAAUUCGCCCGCAACAAAUAAUAAUAAUCAUCCAAAAUUUCCGCCUGGAUUUUCUGUGUCACUGCAGCCAACUAAAAAAGGUUCCCCUGAUACUACUAUGCCUAUGCUAAACAAUACUACUACAGAUUCACUUAUAUAG